AUGCUCCCCUCUAUCAAUCUACCUUUUAUCAAGUUAGCUGCCUCCUUAGGGGCUUCCGUGGACGAGCUCAAGCUUAUUGCCUCCUUUCUGUUCUCUUACCCUCUCGCGGCGGUUCUCAAACGUUUGCCGGACAACAAGCCAUGGCAGAAGAAUGCCUUUAGCAUCGCCGUCUCCUUAUUCUACCUCGUCGGCCUAUUUGACUUGUGGGCAGGUCUAAGGACCGUGCUCAUAAGCUCAGCCGGAGCAUACCUGAUUGCAUCCAAAGUAGCAGGCCCAUGGAUGCCAUGGCUUGGGUUCGUCUUCUUGAUGGGCCAUAUGUCAGUGAGCCACAUAUAUCGGCAAUUUGUCAACGACCCUAGCCUUGUCGAUAUCACGGGUUUAUUGGAUUUUGCGGGAUAUGUUCUCUUCUUCCCGUCCCUCUUUGCAGGACCUGCAUUUGACUACGUUGAUUACCGUCAGUGGAUAGAAGCUACCAUGUUCGAUGUGCCACCAGGCACAGACCCAGCUCAUUAUCCCAAGACGCGGAAAAAGAGGAAGAUCCCUCGCAGCGGUACACCAGCCGCGAUCAAAGCAGUGAUCGGACUGUUUUGGAUAUUAGCGUUCCUCCAAUUCUCGAGUUGGUACAACGCUAGUCUUGUCUUGGGUGACUCCUACAUGCAACAUGGCUUUCUUCGAAGAGUAUGGCUUCUAGAAGCUUUAGGCCUGACAACAAGGAUGAAAUAUUACGGCGUCUGGGCUCUCACUGAAGGAGCAUGCAUACUCUCGGGUAUGGGAUAUAAAGGCAUCAAUCCAAAGACUGGCAAGAUCGAUUGGAACAGAUUGCAAAAUGUGAAUCCUUGGGGCAUCGAGACUGCACAAAACUCGCGGGCUUAUCUCGAAAACUGGAACAUGAAUACGAACAAUUGGUUGCGGUACUACAUGUAUCUGCGAGUGACUCCGAAAGGGAAGAAACCGGGUUUUCGAGCCAGCUUAGCAACCUUUGUGACAAGCGCUUUUUGGCAUGGCUUCUAUCCUGGAUAUUAUUUGUCCUUUGUUUUGGCCGCUUUCUUGCAGACAAUCGCAAAAAACUUUCGCCGCCACGUGCGGCCAUUUUUCUUGACGACAGACGGGCAACAGCCGACAAAGUACAAGGUGUAUUACGACUUGAUGUCGUAUAUUGCUACGCAAACUGCCUUUUGCUUCACGACUGCUCCGUUUGUGCUACUUACGCUUCCCGACUCCAUACUAGUUUGGGCGCGUGUGUAUUUCUACACUGUGAUUGGGGUCAUCCUGUCGACGGCGUUCUUUGCCUCGCCCGGGAAAUUGUGGCUCAUCAAGAGGCUCAAAGCAAGAAAUCAGAGCGCCGUACCAAAAGCUCAGAAAGAAAAGAUCCAUCAACAGCAAUUAUUAGGGCUUCCCGAAGAUCCCGGUGCAGAUAUCGGAGAAGUAGUCGCUGAGAUAAAAUCAGAAGUUGAAGCUAGACAACGACGAGGAAGCAAGAUAGAAAUGCCAACAGCCGAAGAGAUGAGGAAGAUUAUCGGUGAAAAGACGGGUAAAAAACUUGAUUGA